AUGGAUAUCGAAAUCGUUAUCAAGGAUGAUGUCCUUAGGGGCAUUGUCACGAGCAUGCUUCUGGCUGUCGUCGGUGGAUUCUUCGUCGUCAUCAUCCAAAGCGCCAGAGAGGGAGUGACCGUUUGGUUGUACAAGCAUUUCCCUAAGAAUAGGGGCAAGUUGUACGUUAUGGCAACAUCUCGUGCUGGAUCGUACUUGGAUGUGCUUGGAUUGCUCAACCUUCUUGGUGGAUUUCCGAUGUUUGCCGUCUUGUUGCUCAUGACCAUUGGCAUCCUGGGCCAGACUUUCUCGGGCCUUGUCGUCAGCACCAAAAAUAUCUCCACAGACUUCUGCACCAGCACUGGAUGCUUCUCUACGGGAUUCGGGCAGAAUCCAUUGGAAGGGUACGACAACGCCACAAACAUCCUCCCGGCAGAGACCAGAGAGUUUUCGUCGAUGAACAACUUUGUGCUGCAAAGCCUCAACAACACCAUCGCGUCGGGUUUGCCAUGGGCGGGCAAUCCGAGACGGCUUACCGCGGCAAACUUCCCACCAGAGAUCCAUAAAGUUCCAUUGGAGAGGUUGAGUCGACGAGUGGAAUUUACCGGCAUCUACGACACUGUGCAGAUAUACGGAGCUGCGCUAAGAGUUGAUUACGCGAAUGGCACCUCCUUUUUGUUGUCGGCAGGAGUAACAGAGGCAAGUAACUAUACGGAAGUCUACGAUGGAUGGUCCUUCGGCGACGAUAUUGCGAACGCCACGAACGGUACUUUUAAAGUAAAGCCAUUCUACUUGUCAACGAACACCACUGCCGGGAUUGCCUUGCUACUUGGCACGUCGUCCAUAGACGGCUUCGGCAACGUGCAGUCCAUCCAGGAAGCACGCGAUCGUGCGACGAGAGGGAACAAUACCGACAUUACAAGAACAACUUACUAUGGGCUAUUUGCCUACCAAAGUUGGUUGGCCAUCAUAGAUCUCACCUUCCGGGCUCAAAGCGCAGGGAAAGCCGGUCGACUCGAGCUCUCCAUCGCCAGCAACGUACGGCAAGUAAACUCCGCUGACUCCACCCUCUUGUUUAGCGCAGUGUUAACCAACUUGAAUGCCAAUUUGAGGGUGUUGGGGAACCAUAGUCGAGAGCUGCAAGCGGUAUUUCGUCAGCAGGAUGCCAUGUCAUCCAUAUUUGAGAAUGGAGACCUUCUCAGCUACGUUGCUACUUGCUACGCCAUGGCGGUCUCCCAAACGCGACCAAUCGGCAUGAUCAAGGGGUACGAACAAGCCGGCAUCAUCACACCCGCCAUCUCUAUCAAGUUGGUGUUGGCAAUCCCAUUGCUGUUGGUCACCAUCGCCUUUCUUGUUCCAUACGCCAUCGUUACCAUCAAGUUAUACACCAACAACGACAAUUGGCUCUCGUACAAGCUCCACGUAGAUGCUCGAGAGUACAUCAUCAACUUGUGCCAUUCGAGGUUCAUUGUAAACAGGCUGAGAGAUGAUGACGAAGUCUUGAAGAUAAUCCGCGAAGAUCAUGGCGAUGAUGGGCCGAUAUUCGAGCUCGGAGAGUUGGAUGUGUAG